AUGUCUGCCAAGCUUAUUGAAGCCAGUGAUUUUGACAAAAGGAAGAGGACUUCCCUGUGGUUCACAAUUUGUCUUCUUGUACUGUCAAUUAUCAUAUUGGCUAUAGGCUUAGGUGCAACCACAAGAACAGAAAAUAUUUCAGUGGGAGGAUACUAUCCUGGGAUUAUUCUUGGAUUCGGAUCCUUCUUGGGCAUUAUUGGGAUUCAUCUGGUAGAAAACCGAAAACAAAUGCUAGUAGCUGCCAUUGUAUUCAUCAGCUUUGGGGUGGUAUCGGCUUUCUGCUGUGCAAUCGUUGAUGGUGUUUUUGCGGCUCGACAUAUUGAGCCAAGACCUCUGUACAGUGGGAGAUGUCAGUUUUUCUCCAGUGGAUCUGGGCUUGCCUAUGACACUUACCAGACAGAGGUCAUGUGCUAUUCCCUAAGCAAUGGAUGUCAGCUGAGAGUUAAAACUCACACCUGUUACUGCUGUGACCUAUACAACUGUGAAAACUCAGAAGAGAUGACCAGCUACUAUGAAUUUGUAGGUGUAAACAGCUGCCAGGAUGUUGUCCACUUAUAUCGCCUGCUGUGGACCUCUACUGUGCUGAACGUCAUAGGCUUAUUCUUGGGCAUUGUUACAGCUGCUAUUCUUGGAGGUUUUAAGGACAUGACUCCACUUUCCCAAACCAACUUUAACUCAUCACCACCACCUCAGAUUCUAUACAACCCAGCUCAACAGAUAUUAACCUACACUGGAUUCUGUUCUCCAACAGCUGCUCUUCCAUCGUAUGCUACUUAUCCUUUACCCCUUCAGCCAACAGGUUCGUAUCCUGCCACUUCAUCUGCAGAUAUAUCGUUAUCUGAUGACAACCAGCAUCCGUCUCACUCCAGCUCAACGAAUGGACUCAUUUCUAGCCCGGGCUCUCACUAUGCUGCCAACAAUCUCUUGCCAGGAGAAAAACCACCACCUUACGUGCCAUAGACUCAAUUCUUAUUCUAAUACAAAGACUUGAAGUAAAAAAAAAAAAAAAAACAGGAAACAAAAUAUUUAAGGGCUUGUGGCACAUUGUUAAAUUCAACACAUCAUUCCAUUUCUUGACUUGGAGAAAUGUCCGAUAUUAAUUAUCAGACUGCACAAGCCAAUGGCAAUAUUAUACAAGGUAGUUUAUUUCCUGUAGAUUUGUUUGUUAUAAACUAUCAGCAUAGUGAGAAGUUUUGUACGAUUUCUAUUGAUUUUAAUUUGCCUAUAAACGAUGCGUUCUUCUUGCUGUUAAAAUUAUACAAUUAAAAACAUAUAAAUAUACAUAUAAAAGUAGAGUUUAUGAUCAGAAUUAUUCAUUACAAAAGAGGAUGACAUAUAAAUACAGCUUUAUUCAUUUACCUCAGUUUUGGCCCAGAUUACAAGUGGAGGGCAUAGGGCCCGCGCAUAGAAUAGCACACAAUCUGGUAUUCUAAGUGAAUGGUAAAAAUUACCAGAGAAUUUUAGCACACCCUACACUUUCAAUGGAUAGCAUUGGUGCAUUAAACAUAGCUCAUAUUACAGCACAACAUGAUACCUGAAGUAAAGGGCUAAAAGAAAAGUAUAACAAAACACAUGUAAAACAUGUUAAAAUAAAGUAUUCCACUAAUGUAUAUAUAUAUUUAUAUAUCUCCAUAUAUGGCUAUAGAUAAAUAUAUAUAUGUUGCGGGUAAAGUAAGAAAUGGGUAAUCCUAGCAUUACCUGGGUAAACCUGACAUUACCCAAGCGCUGUGGGUAAAGCCCGAUGUAACAUGAAUAAAUCUUCUCUGAGUGCAUCGAGUCACCACAUCAAACAUAUAUACGAUGCACUGCAAAUGAUACAUCUUCACUAUCUUUUUUUGCCUCUGCUCGGGGGUUCCAAUAGUGUAGAUGGGGUAAUUACAUUACAUUGGGCUUUAUUCCCAGCCACUUGGGCAAUGUCAGAUUUACCCAGGUAAUCCUAGGAUUACACGGAUUUCUGACUUUACCCGUAACAUAUAUAUUUUACAGUAAAUAUAGACAGCUAUAUUUAAAAUAAAAAUAUAAUGUUCUUCUUUCUUUUGUUAUGUUUUAAUACAUCUUUGGCUUUGUGCACUUGGCUUAGAGUACCUUCAGGUUAGCAAUUAUAUGAAACACAGAACAGGGUUUUGUAGCGCUCCCCACAGAAAUCUAGUGGAGAGGGCUUUCGAGUGAAAACAUUUUACUUUCAAGCUGUAAUAUGAGCACAAGAAUAAGAGCGCUACUGCUCUAACUUGAGCAGAGUUAGCACUCAAUAGUGCUAAUAUUUUUGCGCUCCACUUGUAAUCUAGCCUUUAAUUUAGCAAAACAAAGAGACACUGUAUUUUUUUUUUGCUAAUGUCAACUAUUAAAUGCUUGAUACUAUGGGGCCAAUUUAUCAAGGGCCGAAUA